AUGUCCACCGUUCUACGGACGCUGCGCAAUUUGCGCCGCAUUGGCUUCAAGGAAUUUGGUCAUCAGAUGCAGAACAUCGGUGAUACCAAGGCCGGAACUCUGGUCGGAACCGACCGCUGGGGAAACAAGUUCUACGAGAAUAUGACCGAGGAGCUGCCCCUCCGUACACGAUGGGUCGACUACAAGACUAACUGGCCUGAGUUCAACCCCGAUCAGAUUGAGCCUGGCUGGCACGCCUGGAUCUCCUACAUGGUUGAUACUCCUCCAACCGCCGACAAGCUCCUUCAGCCCGGCCUCCGCCACUACGAGAGCUCCGAGCACCGUCCCAACCUUACCCUGACUCGUGGUGCUUUCAAAACCUACUCUACCACCGUCCCCAAGUACUCUGCCUGGACUCCUGUUGCCGCUCCUCGGUAA